AUGACUCUCCCUCUUGAAAUAAACCGGUCGAAGCUGAAUAUCGACUUUAUUCCUUUUUUUUUUUUUUGCUUUUUUUAUCUAACACAGAACCCCCCCUCUCUCUUACUCUCAAUUUUUCUUCCUUUCUUCUUUUCGCUCUCUUUCCCUCCCUCCCUCACAUCAGGAAUUCAUUUUACACAUUUUCAUUUGAGCUCCACCUCUCUCUAUAUCUUUCCUUCUUCUCUCACCUUUUCUCUCUCUCUCUCUUUCCCGCUCUCAUUUUCUUUCUCUGUUUCUCUUCCCACUCCAUUUCUUUCUCUUUCUCUUCACGCCAGAAGUUCAUUUAUUUUACAUGAUUUAAAUUUGCGCAACCUCUCCCUCUAUUUCCCUCUCCCUCUAUUUCCCUCUCCUCUAUUUCUCUCCCUCUAUUUUCCCUUCCCUUAUUUCUCUCUCCUCUCUUUCUCUCUCUCCUCUAUUUUUCUCUCUAUUUCCUUUCUUUCUUCUUUCUCUCUUCCUCUCUCUCUCUUCCUUCCUUCCUCCCUCCUUCUCUCUCUCCCUCUUCUCAAGGAAUUUCCCUCUCCCUCUAUUUCUCUCUCCCUCUAUUUCUCUCUUCCUUUAUUUCUCUCUCCCUCUAUUUUCAUUUCUCUCUCUCCUCUAGCUCUCUUCCUUUAUUUCUCUCUCUCUAUAUUUCUUUUCCUUCUCUCUCCCUCUAUUUCCUUUUUCUCUCUCUCUCUCCCUUCCCUCUCCCUCUAUUUCUCUCUCUCCUCUCUUUCCCAAAGUCUCUCUCCUGUUCAUUUUUUCUCCUCUCUUUCUCUCCCUCUAUUCUCUCUCUUUCUCUUCUCUCUCUUUGAAUUUCUCUCCUCUUUUCUCUCUCCCUCUAUUUCUCUCUCCUCUCUCUCCCUUCCCUCUCUUUCCCUCUCUCCCUCUAUUUCUCUCUCCCUCUAUUUCUCUUCCUUUAUUUCUCUCUCCCUCUAUUUCCCUCUCCCUCUAUUUCUCUCUCGAUUCUUUCUCUCUCCCUCUCCCCUCUCCCCUCUAAAUGAGCUCUCUCCUCCCUCUACCUCUCUCUUCCUCUAUUUCUCUCCCUCUAUUUCUCUCUUCCCCUCCCUCUUUCCUCUCUCUCCCUCUAUCUCCCUCUCCUCUCUCUUUCUCUCUCCCCUCUUCCUUUCUCUUUCUCUCUCCCUCUAUUUCUCUCUCUUCCUCUCCCCUCUAUUUCUCUCCCUCUCUAUUUCUCUUCCCUCUUUUCUCUCCCUCUAUUUCUCUCCCUUCCCUCUCUCCCUCUAUUUCUCUCUCCCUCUAUUUCCCUCUCUCCCUCUCCUCUUCCUUUCUUUCUCUCCUCUCCUUUCUCCUCUCUCCUCCUCUCUUCCUUUAUUUCUCUCUCCCCUCUCCUUUCUCUCUCUUCCUCUCUCUCUCCCCUCUAUUUCUCUCUUCCUCUUUCCUCUCCCCUCUAUUUCUCUCUCCUCUCUCUCUCCUCUAUUUCCCUCCCUCUCCCUCUCCUCUCCUAUUUCUUCUCCCUCUCCCUCUCUCUCUCUCCUCUCUUUCUCUCUCCCUUUCCCUCCUCUCCCUCUCCCUCUAUUUCUCUCUCCCUCUAUUUCCUCUCUCUCCCUCUCUUCUCUCUCUUCUCCCUCUAUUUCCCUCUCCCUCUAUUUCUCUCUCUUCCUCUCUCUCCCUCUAUUUCUCCUCUCUCUCCUCCUCUCUUUCCUCUCCUCUUUCUCUCUCCCUCUAUUUCCUCUUCUCUUCUAUUUCUCUCUCCCUCUAUUUCUCUCUCUCCCUCUUUUCUCUCUCCUCUCUUCUCUCUUCCUCCCUCUCUCCCUCUCUCCCUCUCUCUCUCUUUUCUCUCUCCCUCUAUUUCUCCUCUUCCUUCUCUCUCCCUCUCCACUCUCUCCUCUUCUUUUCUCUCUCCUCUCUUCUUCUCUCUCCCUCUAUUUCUCUCUCCCUCUAUUUCUCUCUCCUUUCUCUCUCUCUCUCUCCCCUCUCCCUCUUCUCUCUCCCUCUAUUUCUCACUCCCUCCCUUUUCCCCUCUCCCUCUAUUUCUCUCUCCCUCUAUUUCUCUCUCCCUCUAUUUCUCUCCCUCUAUUUCUCUCUUCCUCUAUUUCUCUCUCCCUCUAUUUCUCUCUCUCUCUUUCUCUCUCUCUCUCUCCCUCUCUCUCUCCCCUCUAUUUCUCUCUUCCUUUAUUUCUCUCUCCCUCUAUUUCUCUCUCCCUCUAUUUCUCUCUCCCUCUAUUUCUCUCUCCCUCUAUUUCUCUCUUCCUUUAUUUCUCUCUCCCUCUAUUUCUCUCUCCCUCUAUUUCCCUCUCCCUCUAUUUCUCUCUCCCUCUAUUUCUCUCUUCCUUUUCUCUCUCUCUCUACUCUCUAUCACAUUUCUCACAUUUCCCUCUCCCUCUAUUUCUCUCUCCCUCUAUUUCCCUCUCCCUCUAUUUCUCUCUUCCUUUAUUUCUCUCUCCUCCUUUUUCCCUCUCCCUCUCUUUCUCUCUCCCUGUUCUCUCUCUCCCUCUCCUAUUUUCUCUCCCUCUCUUUCUCUCCCUCUACUUCUCUCUCCCUCUAUUUCUCUCUUCCUUUAUUUCUCCCAGUCUCACUCUCUUUCUCUAUUUCUCUCACAUCAAGAUUUAA